CUUGUUAGUUCCAGAGCCUAAGAAGUCCCAGAAGAAAGUGUGUCGGUGUACAGUCCCUAAGUCAGGAUCUAAUAAGUCUGUGAAGAAACAAACGACGUGUCCGUGUAUGAUCCCUGGCACAGGGUCUAAUAAGUCUGUGAAGAAACUACCUUCGUGUGCCUGUGCUCCUCAAUCAGGAGGAUCCGAUGCUUCUGUGAAGAAACGCCUCACGUGUCGAUGUUCUGUCCCUGAAGCCGGGUCCAAUACUUCUCUGAAGAAACGCGUUACUUGUCCCUGUAUUGUUCCAGAAGCAGGGUCCGAACCUUCUCUGAAGAAAAAAGUUACUUGUCGCUGUUCCGUCCCUGAAGCAGGAUCUAAAUCUAAGAAGAAAGGCGUUUCGUGUCGCUGUACUGAAUCAGGGGGCCCCGAUUCGUCUCUGAGGAAACUACCUAACUGUCGGUGUUCUACCCCUGAACCAUCAGUGAGCCCAUCCGAGUCGUCGAAACAAGUGGAGGCGUGCCGCGGGAUCAAGGUGCAAGUUCUGGGGCACGGGAAAGGCGCGCUGGGCGCGUGGUGCCCGAGCCCCAAGAAGUGACCGCGCCCGCCGCCUGCCGCCUCCUGUCACACUUUAAUAAACACUCUGCUUUCG